AUGGCUCCAUCCGCGACAGCGACGGCUCCCAAGCCUGAAGAGGCACAGACGAAGGCCUUGCCUGUGAAGGACUCACAACCCGUACAGAACCCUCAGCUCCAGGAAGAAGAGCUUCCCGAACGCCUCACGGGCCACAAAGAGCCAUUGAAGCCGAGCGGAGCUCUCGAUAAGUUCGAACACUUCGACGUGACGCCCAUCAUCGGCCGCGAGUUUCCCAACGUCAAUCUGAAGGAGCUUCUCAGGGCCCCCAACUCCGAUGAGCUCAUCCGUGACCUCGCCAUUACCAUUUCGCAGCGCGGAGUCGUCUUCUUCCGCAAGCAGGACGACGUCGACAACGACCUCCAGAAGGAACUCGUGCAGCGUCUCGGCGAGCUCUCGGGAAAGCCAUCGACAUCGAAACUCCACAUUCAUCCCGUCAACAACGCCGCCCGUGGCAACGACAAGGAUGACGAGAUCAGCGUCAUCUCGUCGGCGAACGCGAAGAAGUUGUCGCUGUACAAAUUUCUGAACUACAACAAGAAGCAGACACAGAGGACGCAGUGGCACUCGGAUAUCACCUUCGAACCUGUGCCGAGCGACUACGCACUGCUGCGUCUGACCCAGUUGCCCAAGACUGGCGGAGAUACUCUCUGGGCCUCGGGCUACGAAGUCUACGACCGCAUCUCCAAGCCCCUCCAAAAGUUCCUCGACACCCUGACCGCGACCUACGCCCAGCCGGGCUUCAAACAGGCGGCCGACAAUAACGGCUUCAAGCUCUUCGCCGCCGAGCGCGGCGCCCCCGAGAACGUCGGCGAGAUCCUCGAGGCCGUACACCCCGUGAUCCGCACGAACCCCGUGACCGGCUGGAAGAGCGUCUUCGCCUUCGGCCACCACGUCGAGAAGAUCAACGGGCUCGCGGAGGACGAGUCGAGGCACUUCCUCGACUGGUUCGUGCAGCUCGUCCUGGAGAACCACGACCUCCAGGUGCGGCACCGGUGGCAGAACGUCAACGACGUGGCUAUCUGGGACAACAGGUCGGUGUACCACGCGGCGACGCCGGACUACUUGCACGAGAAUCUCGGUGAGAGGUCUGGGUCGCGCAGUGUCAGUCUUGGGGAGAGGCCGUACUUUGAUCCGCAGAGUCUCAGUCGGCGGGAGGCGCUGCGCGCUGCGCGCUGA